AAAAACUGCGCCGAAAUUGCCUCAGCCAUUGUUUUCAUUGCAUUGCUGACAACUGAAAUUGGAAUAAAAGUGGUUCCAAUUUUCGCCUGACGUCUUGUAAUUGGUUAUAUGAUUGCCGACCGGCCCGCUGCCGACACGAUGGACGCCGCCGAUGCCGUGUCGCCGCCGCCGCUGCACCCGGAGCUGAACGGGACAGCCGAGCCGGGCGGCUCCCUGCUGGACCGACUCUCCCACAGUAGCGUGCUGGCGAAGAUGGCGCUGGAUAAGUUCGGCUGCUGGCAGUGCAGCCACCCGUGCGAGAGUGUCGUCCAGUGUCAUGACGCCGUGCGGUGUUUCUCUGCGGUGGACCGCAGCAUGGAUUACGGCGGUCUGGUGCACCGCUCGCGCGGCUGUCUUACCAGCGUCGACCACGCGCUGAUGCUGUGCCAGACGAACCGAUUCAGCCGAACGGGCCGCGUACCGGAGCAGCCGUCCGUCCAGUACGCCAUCCACUGCUGCGAGGGCAACAACUGUAACGACGGGGCGUUCCCGGCGCUGCCGGAGCUGCCCGAGAUCACAGAUGACGUGGAGACAUCGAGCACGGCGGGCGGCGGCCGGCAGGCGGCCUACUACGGGCCGCUGGUGGCCGCCGCGCUGGGGCCCGUGCUCGUCCUGCUGGCCGUGCUGCUGCUGCUCGCUCUGCUGUGGCGCGCCCGGCGCCGCCACCGGCACCGGCUCCGCGCCCAUCCGCACAGCGAGGCACAGAAACCGAUGCUCGGCUCGUCUCAGAUGCUGGAUGAUGAUAUGAUCCGCGCGCGCCAGGCUGGAGACUCGACCCUACGGGAGGUGCUGGAGCACUCGAUGACCUCCGGCUCCGGCUCCGGCCUCCCACUGCUCAUCCAACGCACCCUCGCCAAGGAGAUCACUCUGGAGAACUGCGUCGGCUACGGUCGCUACGGCCAGGUGUGGCGUGGAGUCUGGCAGGGCGAGCACGUCGCCGUCAAGAUAUUCUACUCGCGCGACGAGGCCUCCUGGGCGCGAGAGACGCAGAUCUACAACACAACCAUGCUGCGCCACUCCAACAUUCUCGGCUACCUGGGCUCCGACAUGGGCUCCCGCAACUCGUGCACUCAGCUGCUGCUGGUGGCGCACUACCACCCGCUGGGCUCGCUGUACGACUUCCUGAACCGGCAGACGCUCAGUCUGGAACAGACCCUGCAGGUGCUGAUAUCGACUGUCAAUGGCAUCAACCACCUGCACUCGGAGCUGCACGGCACGCAGGGCAAGCCAGCCAUCGCUCACCGUGACAUCAAGACCAAGAACAUUCUGGUGAAGAACAAUGGCGAGUGCGCCAUCGCCGACCUGGGCCUGGCUGUGACCCAGCAGGGCGGACACAUUGACCUGGGCUCCAACCUGCGAGUGGGCACACGUCGCUACAUGGCCCCGGAGGUGCUCGAUGAAAGCCUGAACCCGGAGGUAUUUGAGGCGUUCCUGAAGUCGGACAUGUACGCCUUGGGCCUGGUACUCUGGGAGGUCACCCGGCGGUGCUCCUCCAGCGGCCGCGCAGAGCCCUACUGGUCGCCCUACCAGGACGUGGUCACCCCCGACCCGGGCUUCGACGAGAUGAAGAAGAUUGUGUGCGUGGACCAGCACCGGCCGGCCAUCCCCAACCACUGGUCGGGACACCCGACUCUGGUGGGCAUCGCCCGGCUGAUGCGGGAGUGCUGGCACCACAACGCCCUGGUGCGGCUGUCGGCGCUGCGGCUGAAGAAGUCGCUCGUCAGACUGCAGGGGGCCAUCAAAUCGGAUAACCUGAAGGCCGACCUGUAACCCCGUCCGCCGACUGGCGAUGGUGGCGUCAUCUGCGAGCAUAGGUGGCGCUGCCGUUCGGAGAGGUAUGUGCAGGUGGCGCUGCUGGUGCUGUGAGGGAUUCUGUGCGCUGCACAGUCGCCGUGUUUCGGCUGGGGGCGCGAUAAGCGCUGGUCCGAUGAAGUGCCAUUAUAGUUAGAGCUGCUGUUGCCGCCUGGGCUGGCGACUGUGAUUGAGUUCGUACUCAGUCGACCUCGCUCUGCUCCCUAUCGCAUCAGCCCCAGGUCUGGGACCUGGAAUUUCGCAAACGAGAAAAACUGGCUGCCGCUGCCUCGCCGAACUUAUUCGUAUUCCUGGGAAAGGAUAAAGUCCGCCACAGUACUUUCUACUGCCAGCACUUGGGUUGGAGCACACGUUGACUUCUCUCUGCUCACAAUAAGCAGCCAGUCCCAAAAUCAAAGUAUUUUGCGUAGUGUGAGCCUCGUACUGCAGUAGCGACAACCGCUGUGAACUGUUACAAACUUUGCGUAGCUACAGCUCGAGAAUACUCUCUAUUUUCCGGUGGUUAAUGCGCUAAGACGCUGCUCACUAUCGAAGUCAGGCUGACGGCUUUGGCCCCUCGACGAUCACCCAUCUCGAGCGAAUGGUGACUUUGACCGCAAAGUGCGGCGCUUGAACACUUUCCAACAGUGAGGUGGACAUAACGUCGUUCACCGUACGGCCGAGGGUACCGGAAUGAUCCCAUUGUGACCCUUUGUGGUUUGUGGCCUGUGGGCUGGUGUGGCCGUAGCUAGCGGGACGCCAGUGUACCGCAAAGCUCAUCACAGUACCGUGGGCCUGAUCGGAUCAAGACUGAUGCCAGGCUGUUAUAACGUGUGAUACAGCUAAAGUGCAUUCGGAUGGACGACAUGAGCUAUUCUGGCGACUGAUUCUAAAGCGAUACACCGGUGCUGAUAGUUACCCCGCAGCGAUGCUGCCGACCCCAGAGUCGCACGAAGUGGGACACUCGCCGUAUGACAACCACGGCCCAGCUCGAGUCGUCAGGAGACUCAAACCGAGUCGUGCCGUGCGAUAGGCGUCCCUCGGACUCAGCCGAAACUGUCGCCAAGUACAAGUGUGCCCUUAUUUGCUCCUGGGAAUCUCACUCGAUCGCCGCUCGUGCCUGUCGUGGUGUCCGGGGAAUAUAACGAACAGUGCCUGCGAUGGUCGGCGAGUGUGAGAUGCUCUUACGAACCGUCGUCGUUUCCUCGCGUUUCAACGCGUGCCAUGGUGUGCUUUUUGUACCUAACGUCUAUCGGUUUGAUUUGCUUUUGAUUCGCUGCUGAUCGCGUUGAUGCGAUGUAUCUGCUCUUUGAUUGGAAGUUCUCAGCCCUGGUUUUGCUCUUUCUGUGAGCCUAACGAAGUGUAUAUUUUGUAAUUAAGAGCGCUAUCAUUGGAAGCUGUGAAGCCUUUGUAGUCGGUAUUUGAAAGUGUUUUUGGCGUGCUAUUGUUUAUGCAUUUUGUUCGCCAAAGUUUAGGGUGCUUUGCGUCUUGUAAGAUUUCUUCGACCUUUUUUCUUGUAAAUAUUCAUAUUCUUCGACAGUUCUCUUCAUAAGAUAACCUUUUUACCUUCUGCUUUGUAUCGUUGUAUAUAUGUAAGCAUUAAUUGGUGCCUUAUAUUUUGUCAUACUAUUUGGCCAUUGUCAGAUUGGCAUGCCAGUCUUGCCCUCUCAGUCUUGCCCUGUCAGUUUAGACCCCUCAGUCUGAUCUCUCUUCCGCGCUGGGCGCGCUGUCUUCACGUCUGUAACGUGUCCACUGUUAGCUGUGCGACCUCCCGUAAAUCAUUUCGGCUAUUUAAUCUUCAUAUCCCUGUUCUGUAAUUCAUUGUCAGCCUGUUCCAGGAUUUUUGUUUCGUCACGAGCCGUCAUGCUCGUAUCUCCCCCUCCCCCUUCCCCGUCUUGCGCUCUCUCAUCUCGCCUGCCUCCUAUUUUUUAUCUUUUUUUUUUCCUCUAUUCUUCCCUUUUUCUUCCGCUCACUUGCCUUUUUCCUGUACUUUUGCUCACCCUCCUCUCUCCCUGUGUUGUUUCUCCCUGAAGAUCGCCCCCCAUCUCCGAAGGUCCGUUACAUUGUAAUCCCACCGGUUUCUUCUCGCCCCGCCAGCCCUGUGUGUGGCUGACGGGACCCACAGUGUACGCUGCUAGCCCGCCCGGCCCGCCCGCUCGGUCCCGUUUCCUCAGAGACACAAGUCGGACGAUGACUCUGUCGCUGUCGUUCAGACGUACCGGGACGAGAAACCCUGGUAGGCGAGAGAUCUACUCCCGCUUGCAGAGUCUGAUGAGAUUUUAGUUUGGGCAGCGCGACCUUGGAGGCUGUUUAGUAGGUCGAUUUAGAGGAUAGUCGGCUGCGCAACAUAGCCCUUAUGUUAUUAGUCGCUUUUACAAAUGUGCCAAUUUUCUCUCGAGUUUGCAAUAAUGUGAUGGCUGGAGUCUGUUUGAGUAGAACCACUGUUAGGAAGUGCGGACCAUCAGGAAGCUUUCUGCCUUUUUCGUUUCGGAUAAGCUCAUCAUUGUGAAGCUCGGGUUGACUCAUGAACGUGGCGAUAUUUGAACUGCUUUACAUGCCAUGACGUAUUGUCGCUCUUUGACAACGAUGCCAACGACAACGAAGUAUUUUUAUAGCCGCUUAUUUCGGGUGCUGCCUUGGCGUCAGGGCAUACUCACCCGGAAUCAUGUAUUUUGAAAAGAUGGUCCCGUCUGUAGGCACACGGACUGUGAAGUGGCGUGGUGUUGAUUGCAGUACAACGGUGUGAGUGAUUUGUACUGUGUGCCGCCGUCUGCUGGCUUUGAUAUACGCUGUACAUAGGGCUACGUGGAGGCUCACUCGCGGGAUUCAGUCUCUGCUGGUUCCCAGGAGAGAUAUAUGCUUUCUGCCUGGCACAUGUCGACAAUCUACUGCGAAGCAUGCAGAUAUUCUUGGAAAAUGCAAUAAACUAAAAUCGCUC